AUGGUGGUGCCCCCGGGGGCAGUGAACGCGGGCACCAUGAACAGCAUGCUCUUCCCCCCACCGGUGGGCAUCACCGCCACCACAGGGCUCUCACCCUGCUGGAUGGCCCGCAUUGCCGGGUCCUGCACCCCCCAGAACCACAUGUCAGGCCGCCCAGUCAUGCGCUGCGCGGCUGCCUCCAGAUCCAUAGUGGCUAGC